CUCCACACUUAUUUAUUCUAUACUCUGCUAUAUAGUAAGAGUAAGACAAAAAUAAAUCCAUUUCUAUGCCAGACGACAUGAGUAUUUCUGUAAAUGGACAAUCUCAAGUCCCACCUGGAUUCAGAUUCCAUCCAACAGAAGAGGAGCUUUUGCAAUAUUACUUGAAGAAGAAAGUUGCAAAUGAGAAGAUUGAUUUGGAUGUAAUCCAAGAAGUUGAUCUCAAUAAGCUUGAGCCUUGGGAUAUUCAAGAGAAAUGUAAAAUUGGAUCAACUCCACAAAAUGAUUGGUAUUUCUUCAGUCACAAGGAUAAAAAAUAUCCCACAGGUACAAGGACAAAUAGAGCAACAGCUGCUGGAUUUUGGAAAGCUACUGGGCGUGACAAAGUUAUAUAUUCUAAUUCUCAAAGGAUUGGAAUGAGGAAGACAUUGGUUUUCUACAAAGGCAGAGCUCCUCAUGGCCAAAAAUCUGAUUGGAUCAUGCAUGAAUAUAGAUUGGAUGAUCACAUCAAUGAUAUUCACUCUUGUACUAUUGUUUGUAAUGUUGUGAUGGGAGAGUUGACACAAGAAGAGGGUUGGGUUAUUUGUCGCAUAUUCAAGAAGAAAAAUCACUUUAAAUCGCUGGAGACGAUAAGUCCUACAGCGAGUCAAUCAGUUCCACAUACCACGAUAAGCCACAGACUCUGUCAUAAUGAUGAAGGGGCCUUAGAACAGCUGUUCCAUUACAUGAGAUCAAGCACAUGCAAGGAAGAAAACAACGUCAUCAAUAAUUAUGACACUAAUUUUUAUGACAAAUCCAUGCAACUUCCAAGCCUAGAUAGUCCAAAUUCCUCUAGUGGAGAUCAUCCAAAGUCUAUAAAUUGUGAUCAAGGGGGUUUGAAUAAUUGGAUUGCUGUUGAUCGUCUUGUAGCUUCACAUCUUAAUGGCCAAACAAUUAAUGAUUAUAAUCAUGAUUAUGAGCACCAAUACAAUACUAAUAUUGUGGGAGGUGGCAGUACUAAUCAUGAUUAUCAAGAAGAGUCAUGUGAUCUUUGGAGUUUUUCAAGAGUAUCAACUAAUGACUCGUUAUGCCACGUGUCUAAUGGAAUGAUCUGAGAAAGACAACACUAUAUAUAAUAAUCAUGUCUUGUAUUAAAAGUCAAAAUGCUUAAUCAUGAAUUUAUAUAGGAAAAAUUUUAGAAAUAGCAAUUAUAGAGCCUUAGUUGUAACUUUUAUAGCAACAGUUUUAUAAUUAAAAAAAAUAAUAAAUUGUAUUUUCUAUUUAAGUAAAAUGUUGUUAUACAAAUACAUAUACAACAAGAUUUACUGUCUUGUUUUACUCAAA